GGCAACUUAUUAAAAUAACAGAAGUACUAUUACAGGAAUUGAAUAGGCAACAUUAUAUUUAAAUUUGAGAAACACUGGGCUUUCUUAUUAAAUAUUGCUGUUGUACGUUUCACGCUGGCGUGCUCGCCAGCUGACUGCUUGUGGCGCGAGAACAGGCGAGCACGCAUUUAUUAGAACAACAUUAGUGGUAAAAAUCAAUUAUACAUGAUGGUUCGGAGUCGGAAAACAAUGUUUCGCGAGCGGCGCCGGUGCGAAGAGAGCGAGCGGAGCGGUCGAGACGUCGAGUCGAGCGGAGCUGUGGCCGAUGACUAUUGAACGCCGACGGCGAGGGGAGUGUCCGACGUCCGCCGCGAGUGACGCGCAGCGGGAAGCAGAAAUGUUGCGCGAAACCCGCCACACUACCGUAGAUACUCCAUGAUAAACAAAUAAUUAUUUUUAUUCAUAUUUUUUGAAAACCGUGCAGUAUUCUAAAUUGCUGCGUAUUGUGUGCAAGUUUGAAAAACCGCGAAACACCGAAAUUGUACCACCGGAAAAGCCACUAUGGAGUCGCUAGUUUCGUGAACCGUACUGUAGUGAACGUAUAUUAUUUAUUGCUUAUUUACCGCCUUUAAAGCGAUCGUUAUGUUUACGUCGUUUGGAAACCACUGGCGGACCGUAUGUUAAUAUAUUAUUGUAACCUUGUGAUUUUUACAUUCCAGGUUUGUAUGAUUCAAACUUCGAUUUCCGUAAAACCCUGGAUUCAAGAUUUGUACUUUCAAAAUUUUCAACAGAGUUUUACGCGCUCCCGAUACAAAUAUAAACAUUUUAAAACAUCGACAUUUCCUUCGAUACAUCGACUAACAUGUACCAAACAAAACAAUUUUUUGUCCACCUCUAGUUCACACUGAUACAAUUAUGAUUCAUGUUAUCAUUUGAAAAAUUUAUCAAUUUUCAAAGAACUGGCUCUAACAAACAAAGUUAAUAAUUUCACAUUUUCACUUUAGUCGGAGUAUUGUUUGGUUUUACGUACCGUUAUACGUCCGACGGUUUUCAUUUUGACACACAUUUCAAAUACCGAUUUCAAGACGGCUGCCACAACAAAUUUGAACGGCGUUAUGAAUCCGCCGUCGACGCCUUCGGUAAACCUGCUGCAAAUGAAUAUGGCUCGAGAAAGAGAAAAAUACCUGGAAGAGUAUAACUUUCCAUUUUGUGAGGCCGCGACAAAGUAUGAAAAAUUGGCAAAGAUUGGUCAAGGAACAUUUGGGUAAAUUUCACUACUUAAUAUAGUUUUGUUUCACGUUGAUAAAUAGUAGAAUUAUCAAAGCCACUAAAUGAUCAUAAUAUGUCUUGAACACCUUUACAAUGUGAAUUAUUAAUUCUUGAAAAUUAAAUAAAUGUUCAUGUACAUUUAACUGAAGUCUUAUUGUACCAAUAAAAAAUAUAUUGAUAUAACAUAAUUGUUCACAUAGCUGCAAACACUCAGCUAAAUUAUGAUAGCUAGUAGCUACUUUAAUACUAUUAAUUACCAUUAUUAUUGUUAAAAGAGAAGUAUACUUGUAGUUUGUAGGUAUAAUAAUUAUGAAAAUCAAGUAGAUAAUAGUUUCAAAAAUUAGUUUCAUUUGCUACGUACAAAGAUUUUGGUUUUAUAAACUACAAGUCUUCUAGGUAUUGGUAAUUCAUUAAUUUAAUUUAAUUUAAUCAGAUUUUAACUAAGCAUAGGUCCUUUUUAUUAUUAUAAUUAUUUUAUGAUUAUAGUUCACUGGUAUAAAAGUAAAAAUGAUUAUGAUACUUCACUAAAUUACUCUACAAUCAUUUUUAAAUUAAGACGAAUGGCAGCUCUAAUUAAUUAUUACUGACCAAAAUUUGUUUUAUUUUUUUCUAUUAAAAAUAUGAUAUCAAUAUAAAAUUGGUAGGGGACCAAUAAUUGUGAGCAUGAUUGUAAGUGUAAAAAAUUAUGUUUGGGUGCCACGUACAGGUGUUUUUCCAAAGGGUCCAACUGUUCAUGUACCAGAUUGGGUAUUUCAUAAAAUUAACCUGUCAAAUAAUUGUCUGUAGUGUUGUAGACUGUUAAAUCAAGGGUCAAAUCAAUUAUGCAGAGUGUGUAUAAUAUUAUCUUAUUAGCAAUACUUACCUAUUAUUUAUUAAUUGUAAGCAGGAUUAGGAUGUUUAUGAUUUUGCAUAAUUAUUUUAAGUUCUUCAAUAGCUUCUAUUCGUAUAUAGAAAUGUGUUUCAUGGUGUCUAUAUUUAAAAUAACAAAAUUUUAUUUUGGAUGUAUUUACAUAUUUCCUACUUUUGUUUAUUAGUGCAUAUGUAAUGGUUUUUAAUACAAAAUGCUAAAAAUACUGUAAUUUUAUAUUUAUUAAUUAAAUCUAAUCUGAGUUUGAUUAUCUGUAUAUUAUAUAAAAUAUAAACAAAUAAUGACUUAUUUAUUGUGGAGAAUUUGAUAUGGGUACAUAGAAUAAAGGUACUUACUUAAAUAGAAUUUUCGAUAAAGUUCAUUGAUUAUGGCAGUCACAUUUAUCUUAAAAUUGUAAGCCAUUACAAUUUACAUGUGAUAACUAAAUUUUUGAUGAUUAAAUAUGAAUACGUUUUUCUUCUAAUAGAUUCAAAAACUUAUUAACAUUAAACAGACACAGAUACUCAAUGAAAAAUUUAAAAUCAACUAUCAUUAUUUAAUUCAACUUUUAUUAAAAUAUAUUUUUCAAUUUAAAAUUAUUCAAUACAACUCUUUGUAAAAUAUUUAUUUAUUUUUUAUAUACAUAAUAAUAAAUUAGAAAAUCAAAUUAUUUAUUAUUAGUACAGAAUUUGUUUAUAUAUUAUUUAUAAAUUAAUUUGUCUUUGUAUUUAUUGCAUUAUUUCUGUCAGUAUAUCUUUAUUUUUUGAUGCAUAUUUUUUAACUUUUUAAUGCAUAAAUUAAAUGCAUACAUAUGUGUACAUUUUUAGUGCAUAAACCUCCUAACUCUAAUUAUAAGAAUAACUACAGUGGAACCUUGAUAAAUCGACGUUUUCGAGUUAUCAAGGUUUUAGGAAAAAAAAUUGACUUUUCAAAAUGUACUUAUUAUAGUUUUAAAUUUGUAUAUAGUAUAUUAUCUGUACACAUAAUUACAGUGAAUAUUGUUGUUAUUAUUAUUUAAAAUUGUAUUGCCAAAAAUUUAUGAGGAAUUUUUACAUUCACUAAUGAGUAGUGAAUGUAAAUACAUUGAAUUAAAAAUAUAAUAAUAAACACAAUAAACGUGAUUAUGUUAAAUUAUGAGACACACAAAUUGUUUAGACAAACAAUUAUAAAAAUUCUUCGUCUAUAUUGAAUGUUUUAGUUACGUAUAGUUUUUCAUUCGAGUAAUCGAGAUUUUCACAAAGGAACAGCAUUUAUUUUGACUCAAGGUUUUCAUCUUAUCCAGGUUACACUGUAUAAUAUAAUACUUAUUGUAAUUUGUAGGUACACAAAAAAUGUAGGUAGUUAAACUACUACCACAACUGUUUUAUAUUUUCUUAUUUUUUUUUUUUUAAAUAAAAAUAAUAUCUACAUUAAUUAAUUUAAAAUAAUUCAUAUCUAGUAGUUAAUUAGAAUUAAAAGCUAAAUUUUUAUUAAACAUUCCAAGUAUACAUGAUAAAUAAUAUUUUUAAAAGAUAUAAUAGCAUUGAACACUAAUUAUAGAUCAAAUAUUAAAAUUUUAAUCAAACAGUACAAACUAUUAUAAAUAAUCUAUGUAGUAGUUUAGUUUAUUUAAGCAUAUUCAAUAUUUAAAAUUAUUUUAAUACAUUUUUGAUAAAAUAAUUAAGAGUUUAACUUAUAAGGAAUAUCUCUAUUAGUAAAAUUCUAUAUUUUCUUAAGUACAUUUCAAAUUUAUUAUAUUUAAUUAUUUUUUACUCAGUUAAUUAAGUUAGUUGAGCAUUUUAAUUUUAAUUUUCAGUGAGGUGUUCAAAGCGCGAGACAAAAAAAAUCCUAAACGAAUGGUUGCUAUGAAAAAAAUUCUUAUGGAAAAUGAAAAAGAAGGAGUAAGUUAUUUAUUAAUAUUCAAUUUGCAUAAAAUAAUCAAUAUAUUCAAAAAAGUAAUCAAAUAUAAUUAGAUAUCUUAUAUAAAGUAAUUAUAAUCUAUGAUGAUCAGAAUUUAAAAUUGAUAAUCACAGGUACUAAUAAUUCUAAACAACUGAUAGGAGUAAACAUUGUAUUGAACAGCAAAUACUAAAUAGUUUUGACACCAAAACAACCAGUAAAUCAUUUACUUUCACAACCUACUAAAAUAUAUUCUUGAAGCAUAUUUAAAUUUAAAUAUUGUAAAUGAUACUUCUAGUAAUUAAAUAAAUAAAAUUGUUUUCAAUGUGUAUUAUGUUUUAAAUUCUGCUAAAAUAAAUAAUUAUCAACAAUUUACAAAAUAUAAAAUUAGAUUAGUUUAAAAAUUCUGAAUACUGAAUAAGAUAGUAAAAUAGCAAAUUAUUUUUACUUUAAUGUGUACAUAAUUAUAAUUAAUAGACAAUUAAGUUAAUUUAAUAUUAUUGCAUAUGUGAUAUACAUAUUUUUAUUUUUUAAUUCUUGAUCUGAGAUAUGUUCUUUUUCUGUGUAUAAAUAUUUACAUUUUUAGUAUACAUUAUAACUUUAAUUAUGCAUGUAAAUAUCAAUAAUAUUAUAGUUCAUAUUUAUUUAUAUACCUUAUUAAUUUGUCAAUUUUAGUUUCCAAUAACUGCUCUGCGAGAAAUAAGAAUAUUACAACUACUAAAACAUGAUAAUGUUGUACAUUUAUUGGAAAUCUGUCAAACUAGAGGUUCACAUAUUGGUAUAUUAAUUAUUUAUUUAAUUAUGAUAUUAAUAUAAUACAAAUAUUUUAUAGCUAAUCAGUUUAAUCGGUAUCGGUCAACAUUUUAUUUGGUGUUUGAAUUCUGUGAACAUGAUCUAGCAGGUUUAUUGUCCAAUACUAAAGUAAAAUUCAGUCUAGGAGAAAUUAAGCAAGUUAUUCAACAAAUGCUCAAUGGUCUCUACUACAUACACAGCAAUAAGGUACUUAUAAAAGUUACAUUUCUAAAAUAAUUAAAAUCAGUUAAAAUGUAUAUCUACAAUGUUACUAGAUAUUGCAUCGUGAUAUGAAAGCGGCAAAUGUGCUCAUUACAAAAGUUGGAACUUUAAAGUUGGCAGAUUUUGGUUUAGCUCGAGCAUUUAGUGCACAAAAAAAUGGUCAACCGAAUAGGUAGAGUUAAAUACUUUUGUUUAAUUUUUUCUGUUACUAAGUAGUAUUGUGUGCAGCUGUUUAUGUUUAUAUAUAAUUUUAAAUUAACAAUAAAUUGAAUAUCUAUGUAAAUUAAAUUUGUAUGAUAAGUUUUUAAUUUGAUGAGACUGACAUAAAAAUGUUUGUUGUUUUGUUUUUGUAAUGUUUGUUUUUUUAAAAAACAUUUUAUAUAAAUAAGAAUCUUAUAGAAAUGUAUUAUUACAAAAUGUUUGAUUUUUUUUCUAUUGGACAUUUUCGAAUUUUACAAUUUAAUAUCAAUAUCACUUGUUUACUUAAAAGAGCAUGCUAAUCAAACUAUCUUUACUUUGUAUCAAUCUCUAAUUUUUUCAAUAGUCAAUAUAUAAGGAAUUAAGUCUAAUAUUCCAAUAUAUACUUAUAUAUUGUAUACCUACUAUGUAUAACAAAAUUAUAUAGGUAAGUACAUUGUGUUAUAGUUAUGUACUAAACAAAAUUGGAAUGAUGUACCUAAUUGAGAUUAUUCAUACUUUUAUAUUUGGUGGCCUACUCAAAGAUAAUUACCAAAGAUUGAACAUCACUAAUUUAUAUUAAUAAAAUCUUCAUGUUUAGGUACACUAAUCGUGUAGUAACAUUAUGGUAUCGCCCUCCUGAAUUACUUCUUGGUGAUCGUAAUUAUGGACCACCUGUGGACUUAUGGGGAGCUGGCUGCAUUAUGGCUGAAAUGUGGACUCGUAGUCCAAUUAUGCAAGGCAAUUCAGAACAACAACAGUUAACAUUGAUAUCUCAACUAUGUGGAUCAAUCAUGCCUGACGUAUGGCCCAAAGUAGAAUCCUUGGACUUAUACAACCAAUUAGAACUAGUCAAAGGACAAAAGCGAAAGGUUUAAAUUUUAAAUAUUUAAUUUUUUUUCUCAAUUAACUGUAACUAAAUAUUAAAAUAUAGGUAAAAGAACGGCUUAAGCCUUAUGUACGUGAUCCAAUGGGUUGUGAUCUACUCGACAAAUUACUUGUAUUGGAUCCGGCUAAAAGAUUUGAUGCUGACUCAGCUUUAAACCAUGACUUUUUCUGGACAGAUCCCAUGCCAUGUGAUCUAUCUAAAAUGUUGUCCCAACAAACACAAAGUAAUUUUGAAUAUUUGGCUCCACGUCGACUUAAUAACCACCAAUCGGCUGCCAUGCGACCAGCAACCGCUGCUGCUAGUCAAGGCGCAUCUACUUCUACUACCUCAGGCUUUCACGAACGUGUUUUUUAAUACAAGUGUGAAUGGAGCCCAAUGAAGCCACUUAUUAAUAAUUUUAAAAUAACUUUUUACAAUUUUAUAGCUUUCUUAGUUUAUUUUAGUGACAUUUUAUUUAUGUAAGUAUUAUCUACAUAGUGUAAUACUGUUUAUUAUUAUCAUUGAUAAGUAUGUCUGUUUAAUAUUAUGACUUUAACAUCAUAUUAUAUAUUAUUACUCUACCCUAUGUAUUUAUAAGGUAAUUAAAAUAAGCUUUUAAUCUAAAUAUUAAACAAAUAUUUUUAUUUUAUUCUUAUUAAACUUUUACUCCAUAUUCCAGUUUAGAAAUUGUAUUCAUUUUUGCUAUUGAAUUAUUGAAAUUAAAAUUUAUAUACUGUCAAAAACCAAUUUAUUAGAAGCCGUAUUCAUAAUAUCUUUGUAUGUGUUGAAUUUUAAAUUUGAUAUUAAUUAAAUCAAAUUCUUCAUUAACGUUAGUCUUAUGUACUUAUUUAUGUAUACUAUAUUGAAUACAUUUUUUUUUUUUUAUCAAUACACUUAUGAAUUUAUCUUAUUAUUAAAAAUUAACAUAAAAAUAAAAAAUACUUAUCUAUAUAGAAUGUAAACAUUAGUUUUCCUUAUAUAUAUAUGUAUCCAAUUAUCUUAUUAAAUGUAAUUGCUAAAAAAAAUAAACAAAAUUGUAUUGCUUUGAAAUAA